CACACAGGUACUGAUGGCUGGCGCGUUACGUUACCUGAGUCAGACACAGCAGCUUCUCUGUCCGUCCAGUUGGCUGUUGUCCGCAACAAACAGGGGGAUUAUUUGGUGAAGACAGAAGAGGAGCAGAAGUUUAAUCCAGCCACAUCCCUCCAUCAAGGGUAUGAGCUCAGAGGAGCAGGACCGGCUGCGCUCUCUCUUUCACGCCUACGACGCGGACAACUCCGGGCGGAUCGAGAGGAGCGAGUUUCUCACCAUCUGUGCGGAGCUGCAGGUGUCUGCGGCCGAGGCCGACCGGAUAUUUAACCGGCUGGACGUCGACCAGGACGGAACCGUCACCCUGCUGGAGUUCAUCAACGGCUUCCACGACCGCCACGGAGGGGACAUGGAGUCGGACAGAGGAGACGUGUCCGAUGCCUGGGAGCACUUCGAGAGGAGAAUGGGCGAGCAGGCCAAGUUCAUCCCCAGGCAUGAACAAGCAUCUACGUUGUACCACAACGUCAGUCUGACUGAGCCCAGACUGAUACCUCAGCUUGAGAAUGUCAUCAUGAACUUCACCAAAGAGAUCAAACAGCAGAACUCAGAGAUGGAAAAUCUGGCCCUCGCUAUCAAACGAGCGCAGGACCAAGCAUCAAUGCAGCUCAGUGAAAUGGAGGAGGAGAUGGAGCAUCGCAUUCAUGCCGCAGAAAGAAAAACACGAGAUCAGGAGAGGAAGCAAACAGAGGCCGCACUGAGUGAGUUACGAAGAAGUUAUGAAACCGAAGUGUGUGAGCUGCAGUGUAAAAUCCAGAGGAUGCAGAUGAUAGAAGAAAAGUACAAUGACAUCACUGGGAAAGACGAGAGCCAGGCUCUGAAGAAGAAGAUCAGCGAGCUAACACUGGACAACCAGAAGUUGAAACAGGAGUUGCUAAAGUCUCAGACCAAAGUCGCCUGUCUGCAUAGCGAGUUGGACUCGCUGAAGACAGAGCUAACUGAUCAAAGCAUCAGCUCUGAACGAGACGAGGAGCUCAUGAAACACUUCUCUGAUGAGCGAGACAUCCUGGAGAGCCAGAUCGAGAUUCUGCAGACAGCCAACAGGAAGCUCCAUGACAGUAACGAUGGCUUGAGGGCCGCUCUGGAGAGGACCAGCAGGGGUAACACGGUCUCACCAGAAGAUAUAAAGAACAGAAGCAGAAGUAAAAGCAUCUGCUACACAUCACCUUAUGCAUUAAUGGAUAGGUUCUGCCAGCGUAUGGAUGAUUUCCCUCUGUACACCCGUCGGCCCAGCUGUGACACUCUGGCCUUGGCCAUGUGUGACCCAGGCUUGAAGCGCAGACACAGCAGUGAAUGCGAAGUGGACAGCCUGCCGGAGAUCUACAUGGACAGCGGCCUGUCGACCCUCAGGGGCUCACAUGGUGGCUACGACUCGGAGCAGGAGGUCAAAUGUCAUGAAGAGGAGGAAGAGGACGAGAGGAGAGAGGAGAAAAGAGAGGAUUACAACAAUGAUAGCAUGAUAGAAGAAAACUCUGACACUGAGCCAGCAGAGACACAAGACGGUGAAUCAGCAUUCGGCUCGGACAGCAGCUCGGUUUUGGACUGGAAGCCAUCUGAAUCCCUUAGUGUGACCAACCCCACAGCCCCAACUAUAAGAAAGGCCAUCAGUGCCAUCAGUGUUCAGAAGGAGGAUACGGACAACACUGACCUGGGCUACAUGACAUCAGAGAAAGCUUACAGGAUCGUGUUGGCUGGAGAUGCUGCUGUCGGAAAGUCCAGCUUCCUGCUUCGCCUCUGCAAGAAUGAAUUUAAAUUAAACUCCAGCGCUACACUGGGAGUGGAUUUUCAGAUGAAGACACUAAUUGUAGAUGGGGAACCUGUUUUACUACAAUUGUGGGACACUGCAGGACAAGAGAGGUUUCGCAGCAUUGCAAAGUCUUAUUUCCGCCGUGCGGACGGUGUUUUGCUGCUGUACGACGUCACCUGUGAGAGGAGCUUCCUUAAUGUUAGAGAGUGGGUGGACAUGAUCGAGGAUGUGUCCCAGGAGGAUAUUCCCAUCAUGCUCGUGGGAAAUAAGUCUGAUCUUAGACAAAAUGGAGUUAGUUGUGUUCCUACCAGCUACGGAGAAAAACUGGCCAUGACAUACAACACUCUGUUCUGUGAGACUAGUGCCAAAGAUGGCUCCAACACCCUGGAGGCAGUGCUACACCUGGCCAGGCAGGUCACAAAAAAGGCUACGUUUGAUGAUAAGAGUCACUAUCAGUCGCUGCCCAGCUUAGAUGCUCCCAGGAAUAAACCAAACUUUUCCUGCUGCAACUGAAGAAGAAGUUCCUCAAAGCUGGACCUCCAAACAUCUGACUUGACGUGAACUUACAGCACAGGUGGAAGAAAAAAAAAAAAAGGACUACAGACGCAAAGACAGAAAUCUCUGCAGCAAUGGGAACAAAUCAUCAUCAUGAAAAGCAAUUUAAAAUAUGGAUUCAGUGAGAAAACAAGUGACUUGGGAUCACGGCACAAUAUCAGCUUAUUUUUAUUGUUAUCAUUUUUUAUUUAAAUGUUGUAUUGAGCUGCAUUUCACCCAAAGUCUUGCCAUUCUAUCUUUAUGAAUUUGAGAAACUUUAUGUCUGCAUAAACUUCUUUCCAUGUGAAAGUUAUGUUCAAUUUUUAUUAUACUAUUACAUAUAUUUGCAUGAGUUUAUUCCACGUAUCGCAUAUGAGUCGGAUGGUUUAUCCAGACUGAUACUGCCAUAAAACUCUAAGCAACUCACUAAAAGAGAAAGACAGCUGUGAAAGUGAAAUGUGUGAAAACCUGUUGAAAGUGAAGUCAAGUAUAAGUAUGUUUUUAAAGUGACGUUAGUAUGAGACACGUGUGUGGAGGACAGAGUUAUUUUUUAACAUUUUGUUAAGAAUUCAUACUUACCUGGUAAUGAUAUUAACUGUGGCAGUUAUCUAAUUACCUCUGCGCUCAGUUAUUAUCAGUUUGAAAUGACGAUGGCCUGAAAGGAAAGAUUUUUUGUCAAACUUCAUCAACUGCCGACAUGAAGACACUGAGAAUUAUGGGAGAGCCUCGUCUUUGUUCACGUACAGUGAACCCUGACACAGUGUGUGAUUGUAUGGGACUUUAUUAUUUUUACCCCACAGUGUUAUAUUUCUUUUUGUUCUUCCUGCUAAGGAUGACUUUGUGUUUUAUGUUUUGAACAUGCAGCAGAUCAUUUUCAAUUUGCACAAAUGUUUCACGCACCUCCUGUAAUUUCAUUAUCUGUUAUGAUAAAUGAAAAUUAGGUGAGCAUAAAAGAGAAGUUUAGCCUCAUCUGUAUCCCUCAGAUACACUACAUGAUGUUCUGUUUUAAUAUGUACAUGUGAGCUUCAGUAUGUCUUAUUAUUAUUUCUUAAUAAUAAUGCCAUUGUCCAUAUUAUAACCCAGUUCAAGCGUGUAAAGGACUCAGCAUGCUUCACAACAUGGCAAACUGUUUUUCUUUUCGAAACAUCAUUAAUUGAAUUUUCCAUGUCAGGUUUCAGCAGUCACACACAGACUGUGUCCUGAAAGUUAUCUAAAUGUGCUUGAAUGGAAGCAGAUUAAAGAAAUAUCUUUGUUAAUAUAAUUAGAUAUUCAGCUGUUUGCAGCUAAGAUCUCUUUGUGUCUGUGUUAAAAGUUCCUUUAUCAAUAAAAAAAAUAUGAUGUGAAUGCCACAACAUCACAC